AGGAUUGCUCAGGCAUCCAUCAAAUCCCUAAACUAGUGAGACAGCAGCAGGGAGGAUGGGACCCGGAAGAGAAGUUGCCGCUGGGGUGAGUUACUUCCCCGUCCGCCCCUGGGAGGAGAGAGGCAGCUCGGUUACACCAUGUUUCAGUUUCUGCUUGGUUUUGCUCUCGGCAAUGUGGUUGGGAUGUAUCUGGCUCAGAAUUAUGAUAUUCCUGACCUUGCAAAGAAACUGGAAGAUAUUAAAAGAGAUGUGGAAGCUAAGAAGAAACCUCCCAGUGACAAAUCCUAAGUCACUGAUGUUGACCGGAUCAUCUCCACACAAAUUUCAAGGAUGUAAUUCCCGUUCAAGCUACCAGUUCCAAGUAGAAGUGGGGCUUUUGGGGAUUUCCUCCACUUCCAGUCUCCCAGAACCUGGCUGUCCUUGAGCUGAAGUGCAAUCAUGAAUGUGCGGUGAGACCUAACAUCAGGAGUUUCAGGAAACCUGAUUCUGAGCUGAUGUGAUUGGAAAAGAAAGUUUGGAUUUUCUUGCUGUUACAUAAUAUUUUAUAAUCAAUUUUUAUAUGGCUCAGCUGGAGAUCACUGCAAAUCCUACAAUUAUCCCUACCUGAUGCUUUCUAAUAUUAAUUCUUAAGAUGCCUCAAAAGAAAUUAAAACAAAUGUAUCCGGAA